AGGGAUCCCACUUUUUCUUUUUUUUUUUGGUUGCACCAAGAGGGAGGGGGAAGGUGCCCGGACCGUCACAACUCCAUCUUUCUAUACGUGCUCUUGCAGGAGUCUGCGCACCACGGCGACGAACGCGAUGAGGAGCAGUGAAGAGGCGUCGCCGCCCUCGUCGCCGACGACGCAGGGCGUGCACCACCGGAAGCGGGACAUGUACUCGCAGAACCGGCCGGUGCCCUCGAUCCAGCGCUUCUUCAAAAAGGGCCUCCUCGACGUCCUUUCGCGCAACGAGGACAGCGAGUCCGAGGACGACGAGGCGACCGAUGCCGAGACCGAGACGCAGGUCGAGAGCCCGCGCUCGUCCAAGGACACGGGCGACGCGGCCCCCGAUCAGGCAGCGACCACCGCGCAGCAGAAUGGUGGGCACCGGCGAAAGGACAGCAAGGCCGGCGGCGCCGAUCGCCGGUCGGGCCGGCGAUCGCACAAGCCGCAGACUGUCGACGAUCCGGUCACCAGACAAAAGGUGACGAUCAGCGAUGUUGGCCGAAAAGAGUACGAGCGGGCGAUGAGGCGUGCCGACGAGCUCGAUCAAGGGCGAGGAGGCGGCGAUGGAGGAGGUGGGCCCCGGGGUGGCGGUAAGCAGACGAGAAGCAAGCACUUUGAUGCCGAGAACAUCCUUAAUCUGCCGUUCCCUCCGGAGGAACCCCUGCCUGCGUCGCUGUUCGCAGUCCACCCAGUCCUCUUACCUGGCUGUGUCAUUUGGGCCCUUGUCACCGCCAUUGGGCCGUUGCCGAGAUGGGUGUCGGUGCUGCUAGCUGCUUGGAUGGCCUGGUUCUGUUGGGAGCGACUCAAGAGCGGCAUGGAAGACCGACGCUGGGAGCGAGAGCGGCUCCGGGGCGAAUCAAUCAGGCAAAGUGGCGGAGCAUCGCAGCACGACGGCAACAAAGCCAACCAUGCAGCGAGCAAGGAGCACCCAGGCACACACCAGCCGUUUCCAGGUAUCAAAGAGGGCGCCGAGUGGCUCAACACCCUCGUCGAUCGAGUCUGGGAGGUCAUGGAUCCGGCGCUGUUUUCGAGCAUGGGCUCCACCCUCGAAGAUGUCAUGCAGGCCUCGAUUCCAGGCUUCAUCCAUGCCGUCAAGGUCGAGGAUCUCGCCCAGGGGUCCACACCCCUUCGAUUGACUGGCUUUCGCGUGCUCCCAGACGACGAGGCGCAAGAUCUGCGAGCUGAGGCGCAAAAGGCACUUCGAAAACAGCGCCUCGAGGAGAAGAAGGUGCGCUUGCCCCACAAAAGGCAUGCAAAGGCCAAUGAAGAUGAUGACGACGAUGGUGAUGAUGAUGGUGGUGAUGAUGAGCAAAAGGGGAAGGAAGGAGAUCAGAAAAGUGCAGACAAAGGUGGAGACGUAAGGAAGGUGGGGAAGCCUAAGCGACGAGUGGAAGAGGAUGCAGGUGGCUCCUACAUCAACCUGGAGCUCGGCUUUCUCUACCGCGCACGACCGACAGCAAACACAGUGGCGAGCAAGAGCAGAAACGCACACUUGCUCAUCAAGUUCUGGGUCGGCGCUAGAAAACUCUAUACGAUUCCCCUGCCCGUCUGGGUCGAGAUCAAGGGCCUCGUCGGCACUGUCCGAGCCCGGCUCCAGCUCACGCCCGACCCGCCGUUUGUCAAGAUGCUCACCUUCAGCUUCAUGGGUCUGCCCCGAGUCGGCAUUGAGGUCGUCCCCCUCGGCAUCAACCUUACCCACGUCCCCUUUCUCUCUGGCUUUGUUCAGAGCUCCAUCGACGCAGCCUGUGGCGAGUACUGUGCCCCUUCGUCGAUGACGACGGACCUCGGCGAGAUUCUGAUGGGCGACUCGAUCAAGCGAGAGGUCAAUGCGAUGGGUGUGCUCGUCAUCUACGUCCACCGGGCCUUUGACCUCGAGAAACAGGACGUGAGGGGCAGCAGUGACCCGUACUGCACGCUGUCGCUGGCAAAGUACGGCAAGGUGCAGUACGCGACCAGGGUCGCGCUCGACGACCUGUCGCCGCGGUGGGAGGAGCGCUGUGUGAUGCUCAUCAAUCCUGAGGCGGUGCGGGCGAGGGAAAAGGUUUCGAUUGCCCUGUGGGACUCCGACCGUUUCUCAGCCGAUGACAUGCUGGGUCGCGCCGAGGUGGAUCUGGAGGACCUUGUCAAGAGACCGGGCCGGCUCUUUAAGCGAACGGAUACGUUGUUUGGCUUGACACAGGAGAUGAAGAAGCAGGGAACGAUUCAGUGGUCACUCGGCUUCUUUGCAAAAACGCCAAAUAUCCGAAAGGAGCUUCGUGAAAUGCUAGAGCGGGAUCGGCAGAAAGACGAAGAGGAGCACGGGGACGGAAGGCCCGAAGGGCACGCCGACGAUGAAAGGGACGAUGAGGAGGAGGAGCAUGGCAACGGCAAUGAGGGCAACAAGCCGAUGCAGUCGCGCAACCAGCAACAAGCCGUCGCAUUUGAGCCGCCCAGUCCGCUGCUUCCCAGUGGCAUUCUCUCGCUACAGGUGCAUCAGAUUGCGCAGCUCGAAGUGACCGACACAAAGACAAGGUCUUCGAAGCGGAAAGAGGGCGAGCCUGGUCAGCUGUUGGACAAUGUGCAGGAUGAAGAGGACACAGCAGCAUCGCCUAGCUCCUACGUGACCAUCAUUCUCAACGACGAGACUGUUUUCCGCUCGCGCACAAAGACGCUGAGCAGCAAUCCCUUUUUCAACGCCGGGACCGAACGCUUCGUCCGCGAUUGGCGCCGGAGUUUGGUCAUGUUUGUCGUCAAGGACAGACGCUUACGGGAGGAAGAUGCCAUCUUGGGCGUUGUGCCAAUCAAGCUCUCGGACCUUUUCAAGACGUCGUCGCAAGUCACGCAAUUCUUCCCGCUCGCUGGUGGCCUGGGACAUGGUCGUAUUCGAGUGUCUGUGCUCUUCAGACCGGUCCAGGAUCUCAGCAGGCACAGGACCAAGCUUGGGUGGGACGUCGGAACAAUGCGUAUCCUGUCAAGCCCCAUUGCAACAGACUUUGUCGACGCCGAUGCCGCCUCCGCGCUUCACCUUGCUAGCCUCCGCGCCGGUACGCUGGCCGGAUCAGCACGCAUCGCAGGUAGGAGGGCAAGGCAUGCCAACAACGAGGACCAGUCCACGCGAGAGUUGGCUGGCGAGGACGAUGAGGAGGACGACGAGGGCGUCGAAGAAGAGGCAAGGGAAGAAAGAGGCAGCAGCGCGACAGGUGGCGCCGGCUCAAGGCCCAUCAAAUGGCGGAUUCGCGAGGAGGAGUUUCCCGUCAAGAUUCCCGCUCGGAGACGAUACACGACCUCAUUUGUCAUCGACUUCCGAUCUGCCCGGGACCGCACAUUGGGCCGGUCAAAGGUUGUGGCCAUGUGCAUUCUGUGGUUGCAAGACUUUGCGGAUGACGACAUCGUUGACGAGGUCCUGCCGAUCUGGCGACCGGUACCUGGCGGCGACCUGCAUCGACUUCGACAGAAUUAUCACCAUUACAAGGAUGAGGCAGAGGCAGAACAAUACGGUGUCGAGCGGAUGGGCUACCUACGCGUCCGGCUGCAAUUCAAGUCUGGCGUGGGCAAGAUUCACACCAAGUUCGACUCCAACGUCGACGCCAAGGACGUCAUGGAGGCUUGGCGCUGCUGUGUAGCCGUUGGACUGCGCAGCGUGACGGGCGACUUUGUCAACCAAAAGCAGGACGAGAGUGGACAACCGAUCGACGAGAGGGAGAACCGAGCGUCGGACGAGAUUGGCACAGAGGACGGCGGUAGCGAUAAUGACGCGGAUGGCGACUCACCUGCGUCGCCCACGGGUCGAGGCCACCGGAGGACCCCGUCGGGACAGUCGCGGAGGAGCAAAGAGUCCGCGGACAUAGACAAUGGAGAGGAAGAAAACGGAGACAGCCAUGACGACGAGCUUACGAUGCUCGACAAAUUGAGAAAAUGGACAGACGAGCGCAAGGAGCUCCACCGUCAGCACAAGGGUCUUAAGCAGUACAAGGUCGUCAGGACGGCCAGCUGGAUUGGCAGGGGGGUCAAGGACCGGGGCCACCGUGCCUAUGACAGCUUCAAGAUGCAGGACCGACGGGCAGGACAAGUAGAGACAGAGAUCUAGUCUAGACAUCAUUGCCGUGGAGGGAAUGCUGUGCGUGAUUGUCGCUUUUGCGCACGAGGCGAACGCUCAAUAAUUAAUUGAUGAAGACGAUCUCAUGCAAAAGUUCCUCCUGCCAUGACGUGCGGCCGUUUGCUGAACGUACGUCAGCUGAUGGUGGCUGAGGUUGGUGAAAUCGCGAAAAGGCGGCUUGGCACCGUCGCAUGAGCUUGUGCAGUUUCCGUGGCUCCUUGUCCGGCCUUAAAGCCACGGAAAAGACGAGACCGAUGGCGAGUCACAGACGUAAGCAUUUUGCCCCUUCUAAAAUUUCGCUCACCCAACUCCAUACGCUGCCUAAAAUCCUCGGGAAAAGCUUGCAACAGUAAGCACCGAAUGUCCCGGAGAUUGGGCUUAAUUUCGAUUCGACUAGAAACAUGUCCGCGGGACCUCCAACUUUG